AUGACGACGAUGACGACGACAACGACAACGGCGACGAAGACGCACGACGACGACGGCAACGGCAACGGCGACGGCGACGGCGACGACGACAACGAUGAUGACGUCCACCUACACCGAAGGGCCUCAGCUACAAAUCGCGACAAGAAGAAGAAGAAGAAGAAGAAGAAGAAGAAGAAGAAGAAGAAAACUCUACCAGUGCCAUCGUCUUCCACGGGGGCAAUUCGACACUAA